GAAGCCACCAUGCAGCUGCAGUUCCGGAGCUGGAUGCUGGCUGCGCUCACGCUGCUGGUGGUCUGCCUCAUCUUCGCAGACAUCUCGGAGAUCGAAGAAGAAAUCGGGAAUUCUGGAGGCAGAGGUGCAAUCAGAUCGGCUGUGAACAGCUUACAUAGCAAAUCUAAUAGAGCUGGUGUAGUAAUAAAUGGCUCCUCACCACCAGCUGUUGUUGACAGAAGCAACGAGAGCAUGAAACACAACAUCCAGCCGGCCUCAGCGUGGAGGCACCACAACCAGACGCUGUCUCUGAGGAUCAGGAAACAAAUCUUAAAGUUCUUGGAUGCUGAGAAGGACAUUUCCGUCCUCAAGGGGACCCUGAAGCCCGGAGACAUUAUUCAUUACAUCUUCGACCGAGACAGCACGAUGAACGUGUCCCAGAACCUGUACGAGCUCCUGCCCAGGACCUCGCCGCUGAAGAACAAGCACUUCCGGACCUGUGCCAUCGUGGGCAACUCGGGGGUCCUGCUGAACAGCGGCUGCGGGCCGGAGAUCGACACGCACAGCUUCGUCAUAAGGUGCAACCUGGCUCCGGUGCAGGAGUACGCCCGGGACGUGGGGCUCAAGACAGACCUGGUGACCAUGAACCCCUCGGUCAUCCAGCGAGCCUUUGAGGACCUGGUCAACGCCACGUGGCGGGAGAAGCUGCUCCAGCGGCUGCACAGCCUCAACGGCAGCAUCCUGUGGAUCCCCGCCUUCAUGGCCAGGGGCGGCAAGGAGCGUGUGGAGUGGGUCAACGAGCUCAUCCUGAAGCACCGCGUCAACGUGCGGACUGCCUACCCCUCUCUGCGCCUGCUGCACGCCGUCCGCGGAUACUGGCUGACCAACAAGGUCCACAUCAAAAGACCCACCACCGGCCUCCUGAUGUACACCCUGGCCACGCGCUUCUGCAACCAGAUCUACCUCUACGGCUUCUGGCCCUUCCCGCUGGAUCAGAACCAGAACCCCGUCAAGUACCACUACUACGACAGCCUCAAGUACGGCUACACCUCCCAGGCCAGCCCCCACACCAUGCCCUUGGAGUUCAAGGCCCUCAAGAGCCUGCACGAGCAGGGCGCUUUGAAACUGACUGUCGGCCAGUGCGACGGAGCUACGUAAGGGGGCGCCCGGCGGACUCAGUGGCUCACAUUUCCUGCCAGCUACACCGCGGGCAGAUGGGAGUCGGGGUGGCACAAACUCUAGAACAAGCAGGCUAGUGGUUUUCUUUGUUAAAGUGUAAAACAGUGACCAGAAUAUAUAUAUCUAUACCUGCAUAUAUAUAUUGACCUGAGUAUUUAUAACUGUGUGGUGUUCAUCUAGCAUUAGGCAGAUAAGCCACAGGAAGAAGGUAUGGAGAACCCACCAGAAUGGAGACCCGGUCCAUCUUUGGGGGCGAAAGGAUUCGACGUGGAAAGAAGCCAGUCCCAUGACUUUGGAUGACAAACUGCCUCCCGGGUUGGAGGGAUCUUUGGGCUCAUGGAUGAGUGGAACGGCCUUGAGCCUCUGAGACAUGUGGGUUCUGGGUGAGCCAAGACCCAGAGGGGACAAUGUGACCCAAGUCUAAACGGUGCUGUUCACGGGGGAGAGGGAGGUCGGAGCGAUCAGCUGGGCGAAGGAGCACACGAGAAGCAGGGGCCACAUCUCAGCUGAAGGCCUUCCCGCGAACGCAGAGUUUCAGUGCUCGAGGGAUGAACCGCAGCUAUGGAGAGAAGGCCAGAGAAGACACGACGGACAGUUUACGCUCUGGCUUAGCACGAACCACCACGAACCUGGGACGGAGCAGGCAGAGGACAGUGAAGGGCUGGGGUGUGACAAAUUGUGCUUUUGAAAAAUUGCAACCUACCGCUAAGGGUCGGCAUUCCCGCCCCGGAACAGACAGGAGAGGGUCCAAAAUAUUGCUGUAGUGGGUGUUCUCUAAAGCACCUUGAGUCCACCAGGAGGAGGGGACCAGGGAUGUCAUCCCCAGAGUUAGCCUCCUGCCCGGCCUGUUUGAAUGUCACAUGAGGGACUGUACUGUCCCCUCCCGCCUCCGGGGAAGCCCCCGCGAGAGCUCGAAAAGGCCCCGUAAAGAUAAAUGCCAGCCUUUUUAAAAUAUGUGGUUGCCUUUCUGGGUGCCUCCAGCGCCCCCGACUGGGAGACCUGGAAGAAUGUGAAGGAUUCGGCUCCGUUUCUCCGCAGACACUCUCUCUGUUUGCCUCCUGUGUUGCGCACACCAUGGGCCUCUCUGGCAGACGGCGGUGUCAGCGUCACUUCUGGUCCCGCCAACACUGAGGUUUUCUCCUCUGCGGGGAAUGGGGCCACCUCCACUCCCUUUCGCCCCAGAGGCAAUGAUUUUAGAAUUUUGCAAAAUCCAUUUUCCCUUUGUUAAGAUAAAGAGAUAAGACUUAAAAACACACACACCAAAAAAAACCCAAAGCCACAUGCAGUCUCCAAAUACUGGACAUAAACUCCCUGGGGGGAACCUGGGCUCGAUGCCCGUAACUUGGGGCUGGAACCACAGGUCACGUAGAGACCAGCGUUAGCCGGCUUGGUUUCUUAGAUGUGCUUUCUUGUCUGAUAAAUGCGUCUUUUACAACGUAUUUGAAAGAUGAGUCAAAAACCAUAAUCUGGAAGGUGAAGGGAGUUGAGGAAAGUAAUCAAGACUUGCUCCCCAGCACAGGAGAGCGGACGUGAUGCAUCAAUGGCAGUUCCGAACAGGCCACUUGCUUCUAAUUAAUGGCUGAUAGGAAGCCAGGGGAGGAUAGUCUGAUCCAUUAACCCCCCACGCGCACGCUCCAGCUCCAA